GAGAGAGAGAGAGAGUGGGAGUGAAGCCGGCUGGAGGCGCUUAGGUUCAGCAUCACUUCUCAAAGUUUCUGGCAGACUCUGUUUGUGUAUGAGCGCCGCUUCGGAACUCGCUUUCUCACAGACUGCCGCCUCAGCGCUCCGCAGCCGUCACACGGAUCGUUCUCUCCGGUUUCUAGGAUGUUAUCCAGCCAGACCGGAGCGGCUCUGAGUGGAGCCGGAUCAGCGGCGGGGAAGAGCGCAGGCCACGGCGCGGUGCUGAUGGGCGCCGGGGUCCGCACAGGGUUCGCGCGGGGACUGGGGCCGCUGCAGGCUGGAGCGAUGGGGCUCGGGAUGCCCGGGAGAUUCGAGCCGGAUAAAGAGGGUCCCCCGCACGUGUGCAGCGGCUCCGACGCGGACUCUGACUCGGGCGAUGAGAACGAGCCCAUGGGGUCAAUCGGGGACAACCGGAGGGGAGGCGGCGUCAAGCGGGAGAGAGCGGAGAUGGAGGCGGCGAUGGUGGGACAGGAGGCCGGCUUGCCCUCCGCGGCGCUCGCGGGAGGAGCGGCCGGAGCGAAACCGGGCAAGAAGACCCGCGGCAGAGUGAAGAUAAAGAUGGAGUUUAUAGACAACAAACUGCGCCGGUACACGACCUUCAGCAAGAGGAAGACGGGCAUCAUGAAGAAGGCGUACGAGCUCUCCACGCUCACGGGAACUCAGGUCCUGCUGCUGGUGGCCAGCGAGACGGGGCACGUCUACACGUUCGCCACGCGUAAGCUGCAGCCCAUGAUCACCAGCGAGACGGGCAAAGCUCUGAUCCAAACCUGCCUGAACUCUCCGGACUCUCCGCCGCGCUCCGACCCGUCCACGGACCAGCGCAUGAGUGCCACGGGCUUCGAGGAGACCGAUCUCACAUACCAGGUGUCCGAAUCCGAGAGUCUGGGAGAAACCAAGUGUUCAUGGUGUGAUGAUGCUCUUCAUCAGCGCUGCUCGUCUUCACAGGACGCUCUGAAGCCGGUGUUCACUGUGGCCAGCGUCGCCAGCAGCAGCAGCGCUCCACCCACCGUCAGCGGGAACGGAGCCAACGGCACACUGCUGAAGAGCGGAGGACUCAUGCAGCUGCCCGCAGGAUUCACCUUCAUGUCAGGCUCUCCGUUUGCUCCCGGGACUCCUGCGAUUCCUCUCGGUCAGAGCAUCACAGCGUCCUCGUCACCGCAGGGUCAGCAGGCCGUGUUCCGUCUGCCGGCCACCGUCUCGCUCACCGGUGGAGCCAUGCCGCAGCAGCUCCAGUCCAGCUCCAUCAGCACCAGCUCCAGCAGUCCGGAGAUCUCUCAGAGCAGCACAGCCACCACAGUCAGUCUCCCAGCAACCAUCGUCACGUCAUCAGUGCCCACCUCCAUGACCGGUCACAUGAUGUAUUCCAGCCCACACACGGUCAUGUACGCAUCAGCGCCCACGCUAGCAGACGGGAGCCUAGCUGUGCUCAACGCCUUCACACAGGGAUCCACUGCCAUGCAGGUGUCACACGCACCGACUCAGGACAUGGGCGGUGUUCCUCAGGUGUUCCUCACAGCUCCUCCUGGUACGGUUCAGAUUCCUGUCUCGGCGGUGCAGCUUCAUCCAGUACGGCAAGAUCAACACUUCACAAAUGGUGAUUGGUCAGCAGUCCAGCGGCAGCAGCAGUAGCCUGACCGAGCUUCAGGUCGUCAAUCUGGACGCCUCACACAACACCAAAAACGACUGACCGCGCCACCAGAGACUGACGCUGCUAUUUAUUAACGCCUUUCUGAGACUGCCCUUUAUACAUGUGAUUCUACAGUUUCUACUGUAGACGAGACUGUAGAGGAUGAUCGUUCCUCCGCAGCACAGUCAGUGAUGAAGUGUGAGAGUGUGUGAGUGUGUGUGUGUGUGAGUGUGUGU